AUGGGCAAAGGCAUGAACGUACUCUCUUCGCCAAAAAGGCGAGCCACCACACGUCCUGCUGCCUUCCGCACGUUCACAGACAGAGACGUUCGCCGGCCCUCCCUGGAAGAUGCGCGGUCAGCAAUAGACGACAAGGAGGUCAAAAGAGUGGGACCAUAUUACCCUGAAACCCAAAAGAUGAAGCCACCACACACUCUGCUGCCUUCCGCGCGAUCACAGACAGAGACGUCCCCAAAGCCCUUCCUGGAAGAUAUGCGGUUGGUAUGCCGUCCAAACGAAAGAAGUGGAAUCAUACUUACCUUGAAGAGAAAACGAUGA